AUGUAAUAAUAAGGUACUUUUAUAUAUAUUAAUAUUAGAUUUAUAAUAAUCAGAAAGAAACGAUUCACAAAUUCAUAAAAAAAGUCCUGAAAUACAUGAAUUCAUAUCAAAAUGCUAAUUGCAAGAUUCUUAUAUAUCUAUAUUUAAUGAAUCAGUUGACUUAUAAAUGGAAUUACAGAAAGAAGUGAACAAUUUAUAAUAACAAGGAUAGCUUGAGUAAUUGACUUAAUUAGAGAGUGAUAAUAAUAAUUAAAAUGCUUAAUUUUCUUAAAUGUAAUAAUAAUAUAAAUAAUUUGAAAUAAAUUCAGAAAAAAUGAAAAAAUUGAUAAAGGCAGAGGAGAAUUAUGAAUAAUUAAAAAUAAUUAAAUAACAAAAAGAAGAUUUACAACAACAAAUUGAAGAUGAGAAGUUAGUUUUUCAAUAAAUUUAAUAAAAAAUUACUUGUUUAGAAGAAAACAUGACUGCUUCAAUAUAAAUGCUGAACUAAUAAGUUUCAAAAUAAGAAUAAUAAUAAUAAGAUUUUUUACAAUAAAUUAAUCAAGAAAUUGUUACUAAUAAUAAAUUAAAGGACAAUUUACAAGAAUUAUCGAAUUCAAGUGAAUAAAAACUAUAAUAGUUAGCAACAAAAUAUGAUGAUUUAAAUUAAUAUAUAGAUGAAGCUUAGUAAGAAAUAUAUGGAAUGAAAAAUUCAACUCUACUUUAAGAUAAAUUAUAAUAAUUAGAAAACAGCAUCGAUACAAAAUAAAAAGCAAUUCAUGAGAAAAUAGAAGAAUUGAGCAGCAAUAUUGAAAAAAAGAACAUUGAAUAAUGCUAAAAAUUAUAAUAAGAAAAAUAAGAACUAUUAAAAAAGAUUAAUGAGGAAAAGAUUGAAACCAAUAUAUAAAUUGAAUAAUAAAAUAAUCAAUUCAAAUAAAUCAUCAAAGAAAAUAAAGAUGAAUUUACUAAAUAGGAAAAAUCAAUAUCAUCAGUUGCCUAAUCUAUUAAAGAGGAAAAUUGGGCAAAUGCUUAAUUAAAAAAAGAAAUAAAGGAAUUUGGCGAUCAAAAUUAGAAAGGAAUAUCAUAGUUGGCUAUAAAAAUUGAUAAUUAGUCUAAAGAAUUAAUUAAAAUAAAUUCUGAAAUGGAGUUUUGGUUGAGGGACAAAAUUAUACAAUACCAUUUAAAAACGCGAUAGUUUAGAGGGCUCAAAAUAAUUUAUGAAAUAACAUGUUGCGUCAUUAAAACCAAAAUUACUUUAAGAUGAAUAUUGGAUAAAAAUAUUUUAUAAGAAAAAACAAAGAAAACCAUAAAGGGUUCAAGAGAUAUUUAUUUAGGUACUAGAGAUGGGUUAAAGGCAGAAUAUUUUUGGUAGAAAGCUUAUAAUUUAGAAAAUUUGUUCAUGGUAUUUAAAUCUAAAAGUGGCUAUAUCUUUGGAGCAUACUCUCCUUUUAAAUGGGAUUAUAAUGGAAGUUCUAAUAAACAAGAUAAUACAUUAUCAUCUUUUAUAUUUUCAUAAAAUCAUUAAUAGGAAUAUCAUUUGAAGGAAGAUAAGAAAAAUUAAGCUAUUCACUGCGAUAAGGAUUAUGGACCUUCAUAUGGAAAUUAUGAUGAUAUCAAAAUUGCUGGUGAUUUUAUUGAUGGUUAUUCUAGAUUAGGUACUGCUUAUUAAUUUAGUUCAUAAAAGGGUAACUCUAAUAACCCUUUUCUUUUUGGAUAAGAAAAGCCAGAAAUAUAGAAUGUGAAAUAUAUCAAAUAUAAUUUUGUUGAACCUAUUAUUUUAGAUUAAUAAUAAUUUAAUUCAAUAAGUUAUUAUGUAUACAAUUAUGAAUUGCGAAUUUUCAAUUAAUAUUGCUCAAAGAAGAGAAGAAAAUGA